CCCACUUUUUAAUCCAAUCAUACUUUGUUUACAACGAAGAAGGUCAAGGUAAAGUCAUCUACGUCUACAAAAACUACACAAAUAACUUACAAGCAAAACUAAACAGAAUAGUUCACAGACAACAAGACUUAAAAGUAUUGAAUUUAAUAAUCUCAGUAAAAAGAAUGGAACCUCAAGUAAAACGUAUGAAGACUUGGCAUGCAGUACCAAUGUCAGAAAUGGCAAGGGACACAUUUAAUCCAAUCAGGAGUAUUGUGGACGGAAUGAAAAUUACCCCCAAUCCCAAGAAACCAAUGAUAGCCUUAUCUAUAGGUGAUCCUACAGUAUUUGGAAACUUGCCAAUUCCAGAAGAAAUAGACGAGGCUGUAAUUGAUAAAAUUAGAUCACACAAAUACAACGGUUACAACCCAUCUAUAGGAUAUGAAGAAGCUAGACAAGCGGUAGCUGACUACACAUCUACCCAUGAUGCACCUGUUACAUCUAAGGAUGUGAUACUGACCAAUGGUUGUUCCAGUGCCUUAGACUUGUGUAUAACAGUUCUGGCUAGUCGUGGACAGAAUAUUCUCAUACCUAGACCCGGAUUCUCAAUCUACAAAACUCUUGGAGAAUCUCUUGGUAUUGAAGUCAGAUUCUAUGAUCUAUUGCCUGAGAAGUCAUGGGAAGUGGACCUCAAACACAUGGAAUCUCAGAUGGAUGAGAAUACAGCAGCAGUUAUUGUAAACAGUCCAUCCAAUCCAUGUGGUUCUGUCUACAGCAGACGACACAUAGAGGACAUCUUAGAAGUUCUAGAGAGAAACAGAAUACCUAUGAUUGCUGAUGAUAUCUAUGAACAUUUUGUAUUUUCUGAGAACAAGUACCAUUCCAUGGCAUCUGUAUCAAAAACAGUGCCCAUCUUAUCCUGCAGUGGUCUUACUAAAAGAUUUCUCGUCCCAGGAUGGAGGAUGGGUUGGAUUGUUGUACACGAUAGAUCUAACGCAUUUAAUGAGAUCAGAAAAGGACUGAAUUCGUUGUCACAGAGAAUUUUAGGUCCAAACUCCCUGGUCCAGUCUGCAUUGAAAGAUAUCUUGAAAAACACUCCAAAGAGUUUCUAUGCAGAAACCCUGGAAUAUAUAGAAGAUAAUGCCAAACUAUUCUACAAGCUUAUAUCAGAGAUACCUGGAUUAAAACCAGUCAAACCUCAGGGAGCUAUGUAUAUGAUGGUUGGAAUUGAUACCAAAAAUUUUCAAAAUAUAAAAGAUGAUGUGGAUUUUACAGAAAAGCUUGUUUCUGAACAAAGUGUGUUCUGUUUACCAGCCAAAUGUUUCCAGUAUCCAAACUUUUUCCGUAUUGUGUUAACUAUACCAAAAGAAAAAGUUGAAACAGCUUGUGAAAGAAUUAAAGAGUUCUGUGACCUACAUUACAAUGGUGACAGCCAAGCCGAUAUUUCCCGUUGAUAUUUGACUGUGAUAAUACUGUGAUAGAGUUAUAUUAAAUCAAAGGACCACUUUGAUUGGUAUGGUACCAUGAUGCAGAGUGCAGCUAACUUUUAUAAUUAACAGUAUUUUUGAAUUUUCAUGACAUAGGAAGGAGUUUUAACAAUGUUCUCUGAUAUUACAUUUUUUUUGUAUAUUCUUGUUGAUUAUACAUAUAUUUGGACAUUUUCUUAUGAUAAAUUUUGCUUGAAUAUUCAUUAUUUCUUUGAAUUAAAUAGUUAAAGUUACUGACACCAGUGAUUCUUGAAUGUCUAUAGCUAACUCACUUUUGCUAUCAUUUCAUAAAAGUCAUUUUGUAAUAUUCAGCAUUUACAAUGAUUGAUAUAAGUACAAAUGGACUGAAUUAGCCUUUGAGAAAUUUUGCUGCGAUUUUGUGUUAUGAAUAUCCCCAUCAUGAUGCAGUAAUUCAUGUCCAUGUUCCUAUCAUAAAUGAUAAAAAUAACUUUGCAGUAAAAAUUCAGCUGUUUCAAAUAAUUAAAUUCAAAGAAUAAUUUAGAUGUCCUCAAUUGGCAGUGAUAGCUAUAUAAAGGUGACUACUAGGGCAGGUUGGCAUUUGAUUUUGCACUGCCUUUGUGAGACAUUUAUCAAGAAGCAUCAGAAGCAGGAUUCUAGUCAUUAUAUAUAGAUUUAUAAAUAUGAUUUUUAUGACUUUCAAAAAUAGAAUGACCCGACAAAUUCAAGAGAUUUAUUUGUAUAGCUUUACUUGACUUAUUUGGAUUUGCUCAUAAUAUCCCCUCAUUGCAUCUUAAUGUAUAUAAAGUAAAUAAUUAAAGUCAAAGGGUACAUGUUUGUUUACUAUUCAUUGUGCCAAGAAUGUAUUUUAAAGUAUUGUACAUAUUAAAUUGUAAUAAUUUAUGUUUAUCUCCGGUUUUCUGUUUUGAUAUUUGAUAUUUUAGCAGCUAUUUAAAUAUCUCGUUCAGCUAGGUAAAUUACACAUUGUAUUUUAUUAAGGUAUUGACCAACUCUCUGGAUAUUGAAUCUCAUAAGGUGAAAAAUUCAGUUCGAUUAAUGUACAAAUCCUGUGUCUCAGCUUCACUUACUAGAAUCUGACAACACUCAGUUCUAUCUGUUCUGGUGAUAUUUAGACCCAUGAAAUUUCAGCUUUCACAUUUUUGAAGGUGUGUAUCAUUAAGCCAAAGCAAUAGAAUAAUGAAAGAUCUCUAAAACGGGUAGUAAAAUCGAGUGUUGUCAGAUCUGUGAAGCUUGGACACAGAAUCUAUUUAAAUGAGUUGAACCUCACUAUAUGACCAAAGAUUUUAGGAUUGUUUGUUUUUAUUUUUACAUAUUUUUUCUUUGUUUGUUAUUUACUUUUGUUUUGAGAUAUUUCUUGUAUAUUUCUAUUUGAAACAUUUUGCAUGACUUUUUUUUCGAUUUGGGAAAUAGCUUAUUUAUAUAUGUAUACAAUAGAUGAGAUAUAUUUGUGCAUUUAUACAAUCUAUUAAUAUAAAACUUCGUCGGAACUAUUUUUUCUUCUGUAUAUGAAUUAACUGAGUGUUUUUAAAUAUGCGUAUUGCACUGUUGAUACCCAAUGUGAUCUAGAUUUAGUAAUAUUUGUUAAAAUUUGAAAAAUUAUAAGCAUGCUUUUGAACUGGAUAAUGGGUAUACGAUCAAAUGUGUUGUACAAAGCCUAUGCUGUACAAUUUUUGAUAAGCAUCUUAAUCAGAUAUUCCAGAUAUUAGUUAUUCAGGGUUUGCUCCUAAUGGUUGCACACGGACAAUCUAUAAUCUUUAUAUAGAAUGUACAGACAAAAUUAUUAUUAAUUCUUAAUGUUAUUGUCUUGAAACAUGUACCGGUUAGACAAAUAAAAGUUGAGUUUG